AAAUUAAUACAUAUUUGGGUGGAGGCCUAUUUCUUCCUCAUUUCGCACGAAACCAUCUCGAUAUUUUUAGCUGAUAAUCACAGAAGACCACCAGAAAUUCCACUGAAAAGUACGAGGAAUCGGAUUGACUUGCUUCUUUGAUAUUUUUUAAUAGUCUGAUUGUGCAUAUUAGAGUGAAAGAAGGCUGCAUAAGUUUGUAAACAUGUCUGUUCCUUUAACUCCUGCUAAACGAUCAUCUGAUCGCAGCCAUACAGAGUCAAAUGGGAAAGGGAAAUGGCAAAAAUUGGCUGGCAAUUAUUCGCAGGAUCAGUCUUCGAAAUCCUCCGAUAGUGAUGCUACAAUCCGCGUUCUCUGUCCAGUUUCAAAAAUUGAUGGCAUUAUUGGAAAAGAUGGUGAAACGAUAUCACAAAUUAGUCAGGAAGCUGGUGUAAUGAUCAGAGUUGAGGAGAUUGUUCCUGGUUGUGACGAGAGAGUGGUUGUCAUUGCUGGCUCUUAUAAAGAGUCAGAAGCCAGUACUGAGCACAGCAAGGAGGGUGGUGUUGAGGAGACCAAUGCAACAGAAAAGGAAGACACUAACCUGAAAGAUAGUGAAAAUGAUGCAGACAAGGAAUCAGUUCCUUUGGCUGAUUCUAAGUCUGAAAGCCAAACUUCAGAUUUGCAGAAGGCUUUGUUACUUGUUUUUGAAAAAAUUGCAGCAGAACCUGAGACAGAUGGAGGUGAUGAGGAAAAUAAAAAUUCUUCAAUAUUCAUUUUGAGAUUACUUGUGCUUUCUAAUCAAGUUGGCUGCCUUUUGGGGAAAGGAGGCAGUGUAAUCAAACUAAUGUCUGCUGACAGUGGGGCACAGAUUCGGGUUCUUCCAAGAGACAAGCUUCCUACUUGUGCAUCAGCUUCUGAUGAAGUAGUUCAGGUCUCAGGAGAGAUUGAUGCUGUUAGGAAAGCUCUUCAGUCUGUUUCUCAACAACUUUUAAAGAAUCCACCUCGGGAUCAUGAUUCUUUCCCUGCCAAUCUGACUGGGCAAUCACAUCCCCCUAACCAUUCUUUCGGUUCUCAAGGAGCAACUCAUGCUCUUGGGCGACGGGAUGGUACUGACGUUCAUUCAUCUAAUACCCCGUUGAUUCCUAAAUUUCAUGAGAGCAGCAUGCCUAGCCGACUGAAGCCUUUGCAGGAACUUCUAACAUUCCGCAUUUUAUGCCAUGAUGAGAGAGUAGGAGGUGUCAUUGGAAAGGGAGGAUCAAUAAUAAAGUCUCUUCAGCAAGAGACUGGAUGUGAGAUUAAAGUUCUGGAAGCUGUUUCUAAUACAGAUGACCGCAUCAUUGUUGUAGCUGGUCCAGCUCACCCAGAUGAUAGGAUUUCACCUCCACAAGAUGCAGUUCUUCGUGUGCAGACCAGGAUAAUUAGGGCAAUUCCUGAUAGCAGGGAGCAGGUUAUGGCAAGGCUUCUUGUAUCCUCUAAUCAAAUUGGCUGUCUUCUUGGUAAAGGUGGUGCUAUCAUAUCAGAGAUGAGAAAGUUAACUGGGGCUUAUAUUCGCAUAUUAGGGAAGGAUCAGAUUCCUAAGUGUGCUUCUGAAAGUGAAGAAGUUGUUCAGAUUAAUGGAGAAUUUGAAGCAGUUCAAGAGGCUCUUUUGCAGAUAACAACUAGAUUGCGUAAUCAUUUUUUCCGUGAUGCAUUUCCUUCAAUGAACCAUCCUCUAAAUCCUACCUUUCUGGAUCAUGUACCUCCAUUUCCUUCAUAUGUAGGAAGGAGGGAACACUCACCUCCAGGAAUGUAUUCUAAUUUAGGCCCAUCAUUUCCCAAGUUUGAUGUUGGCGGCCCACCUCGACAUGCUGGUUUUCAUCCCCAUGAUGAUCGUUCUCUUUUUAUGCAUGAAGCUCGUAGACCAGGCUUGGCCCCUCAUAUACCUGAAAGGAAACCAUGGGGUGCUCAGGGAUUUAUUGAAGGUGGUGGCUCAAUCGGUUUGCCAGAUUUUGCUGGACCUCCUCACAGAAGGAUUUUGGGUUUUGGAGGAGGAAGCCAACCUGCUAUUAUAACAAACACUACUGUUGAAGUUGUUGUCCCUCGUUCUCUUGUUCCUAUAAUUGAAGGAGAAGAUGGUGCAUGUUUGAAACAAAUUCGUCAGAUCUCUGAUGCGAAAAUCACUAUUACUGAGCCCAAGCCUGGAGCAACUGAAACUGUGAUCAUUAUAUCUGGGACACCUGAACAAACUCAUGCCGCACAGAGUCUUAUUCAGGCAUUUGUAAUGAGUGAGACAGAAUCUACUUGAGCUAUAAGUGGUGCUCAGUACCUGUUGCUAAAAUUUAAGCCCUCAAAUGAAGAUCAUGAAGAACGGAGAUCGGCAGAAAUUUGUGGCUACAGUCUUCUGAGUAUGAGUACAUUUACUUACGUGGAUAGGGACAGAUUUUCGCUUUAUUAAAUUGUUGCAUCAUAGAAAGCAUUCCUCUUCCAUGUCACAUGAAUAUUUUGAUGAAAUUAUAUCUCAAGUCGAAGACAUUUUGAAAAGAAAAAAUCUUUCCCACUAA